AUUUCAACCUCUGAUUGAAAGAGAAAUCUUUACAAAACCCCUAGAAUUCUUCCAUGUCCUCCUCGAUUUGAACUACGAGCUUUCACCUCUCUCGAUCAGUUCCUUCUUCGAACACGCAAUUUCUAGCUCUCUCAUACCUAGCCUCAGGCCGCGGGGAGUCCUUAGCCGCCAGCAGCUCCAGGAAGCUGCUUCGGUAGACGUUCUGGUUUAAUCUGUUGUUAGGAAAAAGGAAGUAAGUUGAGAAUAUAUUUUGUGGUAACAUCAAGAAAGUGUAUGUCUCAUUGGUGACCUUAUUGAUGCUGGAAGGCUCACAUGCAAUCAGUCUUGUUACAACAUGAGACCAACCAAUCCAAACUAGUCAUUCUUGACUCGGUGGGGUUUUGCUGUAUUUUCUUGUCAUCCAUUUUCCCUACAUUUCUUGAAAAGAGUUGCAUACCCAUGUCAGAAAAUGAGAAGGCUAUAAUAAAACCAGAGGCAAUGAAGCCCUUUAUAUGGCUCCAAUGUGCUGAUGGAUCCAUUCAACAAGUUGAAGAGGAGGUUGUGAUGUUCUGUCCUAUGAUAUACCGGGAGAUCCUUCAGACAGGGAUGGGUUCUUCUCAAAAUUCUGCUAUAUGUUUACCUGAUCGCGUCAACCCUGCUAUUCUCAGCUUAAUUUUUGAAUAUUGUCGAUUUCAUCAAGUAUUAGGCCGCUCUAACAAGGAACGAAAAUCCUUUGAUGAGAAAUUCAUCAGGAUGGACACCAAAAAACUAUGUGAGUUAACUUCUGCAGCAGACAGCCUCCAGCUGAAGCCAUUGGUUGAUCUCACUAGUCGUGCAUUGGCUCGUAUGAUAGAGGGGAAGACACCAGAAGAAAUUCGUGAAACAUUUCAUUUACCUGAUGACCUUACAGAGGAAGAGAAGCUGGAGCCACUGAAAAAUGUAAAUGAUGAUCCACGAAUACGGCUACUCAAUCGGCUAUAUGCUAAGAAACGAAAAGAAUUAAAGGAGCGUCAAAAAUUAAAGGACAUUGAAGCAGAGGAAGAAAAGAAAGAUGAACGCUCAGUUGAUGAAAUCUUAUCUUUUAUCAAUGGAGAAGAAGAUUCCAAAGGUGUUAAUGCUAUUAAAAGUAAGAAAAAGAACAGGAAGAAGAGAGAUUCCCAUAAAGAUAUUUGUGGACAAGAAUCAAUCAGACUCAAGAACAAGAAGGAAGCCAACUUUUCUCCAAGUGCAAGUCAAUGUUCAGAUGCCCGAGAUAAUGACGAUGACACUUUUCCAUCAAAUGGUGAAUUUGAAGAUGGUGAUAUUGAUGAUUUGGAUCCUGCGGUUAAGGAAGAACUUGAUAGAGAAGUAGAAGAUUUUGCCAGGAGAUUGAAUUCUGAUUGGCCUGAAAGAAUGCAAGAAUUCUUGUCUUUGGGACAAAACCAAAAACUUGUUCCGAAUAGAGCUAGUUCGCACGGUUCACUUCACGAGACCACAGGCAUGGACAGGAGAUAACGAGUGCUACCUCAAUCACUUUAUACAUGGAGAACUCUAAUGAGAGAACUCACUCCUGAACUUUUUGUUGCUGGCUAAAAACCAUCUUGUGGGAAACUCAAGAGACUUUCCAGUUUUCUUUUCGAUUCUUUUUUAUUUGCAUUUUAAAAACUUAAUGCCCUUAGCCAGUAGGCAGAGUUGCCUCGCCCAUCUCUUCUGUAAAAUUUUGCUGCUCCUGUUUUUAUUUUGUAUUUUGUAUUUUAAUUUUUGCAUGCUGUAACAACUGGAGAUGGUAAAAUUUAACAUUAGCACUUACUGCUACAAUCAACUCAUUCUAUUCUUCA